GGUGGCGUGUUCACGCCGUCCCGCCCCCGGCGGCGGUGGCGGUGACAAGAUGGCGGCGGCGCUGGGCUGUGGGGGGAUGCGGCGGGCGCAGGUGGUGCUGGGGCACCUCGCCGGCCCUACCCCGGGGACAGGGACCGGGCUCCGGGCCGCGCCCUGCGGCAGCCACAGCCGGACCAGCCCGGACGAUGUGGUGGUUGUGCACGGGCGGAGAACGGCCAUCGGCCGCGCCAAGCGAGGCGGCUUCAAGGACACUACACCCGAUGAACUGCUGUCUGCAGUGAUGACAGCCGUCCUUAAAGAUGUCAAUCUUCGUCCUGAGGUCCUGGGAGACAUCUGUGUGGGAAACGUGCUGCAGCCUGGAGCUGGCGCUUUGAUUGCAAGAGUCGCGCAGUUUCUAAGUGGUAUUCCAGAGACGGUGCCGUGCUCGAGCGUGAACCGGCAGUGCUCCUCCGGGCUGCAGGCCAUUAUCAAUAUAGCUGGUGGCAUCCGAAAUGGAUCGUAUGACAUCGGCUUGGCCUGCGGUGUGGAAACGAUGUCCCUCAGAAGUGCCAAUAACCCUGGUGAUAUCAGUUCCAGUAUGAUGGAGAACAGCAAAGCUCGAGAUUGUCUCAUUCCUAUGGGAAUUACCUCGGAAAACGUGGCAGAGAAGUUUGGAGUUUCCCGAAAGAAGCAAGAUGCCUUCGCCUUGGCUUCCCAACAAAAAGCAGCAAAAGCUCAGCAGAUGGGCCUGUUUAAAACCGAGAUCGUUCCGGUGACAACCACUGUUGUAGAUAAUGAAGGCAACCGAAAAACAAUCACUGUGCACCAAGAUGAAGGGAUCAGGCCAUCCACGACGCUGGAAGGCUUGGCGAAGCUGAAGCCCGCCUUCAAAGAGGACGGUAGCACCACAGCAGGCAACGCCAGCCAGGUCAGUGAUGGAGCAGCCGCUGUUCUCCUGGCAAAACGCUCCAAAGCGGCACAACUGGGGCUCCCGGUGCUGGGGGUGCUCAGGUCCUUCGCCGUGGUCGGAGUCCCACCCGACGUCAUGGGCAUCGGCCCGGCCUACGCCAUCCCCGCGGCCCUGGAGAAGGCGGGUCUGACUCUGAACGACAUUGAUAUAUUUGAAAUUAAUGAAGCUUUUGCAAGCCAGGCCAUGUACUGCGUUGAAAAGCUGGGCAUUCCCAUGGAGAAGGUGAACCCCCUGGGAGGAGCCAUCGCACUGGGGCACCCGCUGGGCUGUACUGGUGCUCGUCAAGUCGUCACUUUGCUCAAUGAAUUGAAGCGCAGAGGGAAAAGAGCGUACGGGGUCGUAUCGAUGUGCAUUGGCACUGGCAUGGGCGCUGCCGCCGUGUUCGAGUACCCGGGGAACUGAAGUCCAGCGCAACAGCUUGUUCUCUGCCUUCUCUAGUGACAGCAAGUGAUUUGCACUGUGGAAUCAAGUGGGUUCAGGGAUUUGUUACUAGAUGUACAAAUUUUAGGCGCAAAUUGCAACUUAGAAAAAAAUUGUACAGAUCUACUAAGCAGGCGGGAAAAUGCAAAACUGGCAAAUGACAUGCGAAGAUAAAUCAGUUCAGCUGAAGUUCAACUACAGGCCCUUGUGUGGCUAUGAUGAAUUAAUGUUUAUAAUGUAAUCGAUCCCUUUAUUCUGUGAAUAUUAUCAGAGAGACGUAGUUCAUGGUACGGUAUUUUUGUAUGACAGAUUGUCUGAAACGGUUGCUAACCAUGAAAACAAUUCCCGUGAAGAGGCUAUUCCAGAGUUUCCUUAAAAAGAUCUCACUGUCUCGCAAGAAGUCUGGAACAGCUGCUUCUGAAAGCGGCGCAAAGACUUAACACCUUUACGGCCGUGUCUGUCCUGUCCCAGUCAUAAGUCGGCUGUGUCUUAAUUGUCCCUGUGCUGGAUGUUUUAUUGUUCUACUUGUAACCGAGCUGCUCUGAAGCUGGAAGGAUUAGGAAGUAAUUUACUCAGGAGCUAUCAAACUGUAUAGAAGGGUUUUGGUGAUUUGCUAGAAGCCAGGAAUUGGAAAGCAGCCAUUCUGUCUUUUAUAACAUAUUUCUGAUUAUCAGCUUGUGUGAAUCUAACAAAUUAGAGACCAAGUUUCUGCUUAAUAACAUUUACUUACCUAACAUAAAACAGGUCUCAGCAUUAUUCUUCCUGGAGGCACUACAUGAACAUCAGCAAAAUCAUCAUGUGGUAAAAUUCUCCCUUAUUUGUUCUUUCUCUUAUGAGGAAUCAUCAGAUCACUGAAACUCAGAGCUAAAGCUUGAAAAAGAAAUGUACUCGUUGUCUUUGAUACGUUAGAGAAGUUUGAAUUUGUAACACAGACUCAAGUUCCUUGUCCUGGCUCUUAUUUUUGCACUUAAUAAUACAACUGGAUUCUUGCAAUA